ACGCCCCCAGGCCGCUCUAUUUAGGCGCUCUGGGGGGCCGAACGGCUGGAGAUGCCCUAAGCAUUGCAUUCCCAGUUCCCAGUCCCAGAAUAACUCUUCGAAGUGGCUUCUUUCGAUUUAGGUGUCGAUGGGAGGGGCUGCUAGAUGGGCACGUCUUUUGGAAGCUGCAAGCUGCAGGAUGAGCAAUACCAGUACUACAAGAACUUGGAUGAUGAAAAGAAGUAUUUCUUGGUGCUUAUGUUGGGUGAUUUCCAAGAUGCGAUGAUAAUUCCAGAAGAAGUUGUGCGGCGUUUCAAAGGCGAGAUCCCAGUAGAGAUCAAGCUGGAAACCCGAAAUGGUUACAGUCACACCAUUGUGGUUGCCAAGUACCAAGAAAAGCUUGUCCUUACAGUGGGUUGGCGGCAAUUUGUUGAAAACUAUGAUCUACAAAUGGAUGAUUCCUUAAUAUUCAGAUACAAAGGGAACUCUCAGCUUAGUGUCAUGAUCUUUGAUAAGCUUGGUCGUGAAAAAGCAUUAUCGGUUGUUCCGGCUCCUUUUUUGCCUCAGGUCCAAGACAGGCGCAAUGAGGCACAUGAAAUCAGGUAUUCUCAAAAGAUGGAUGUGCCUCGGGAAAGAAGAAAAAAGCGGACUGAAUAUCACUACGCAAACUUGGAUGAUGAGAAGAAAUAUUUCUUGGUGCUUAUGAUGGAUGAUUUUCAAGAUGAUAUGAUCGUCCCAAAAGAAUUUGUUCAGCAUUUCAAGGGCGAAUUCCCAGGAGAGAUGAUACUUGAAACACAAAAUCGUCGCAGUUGCAAAAUUGGAGUUGCCAAGAACAAUGGAAAGCUUGUCUUCACAGUGGGAUGGGGGAAAUUCGUUGAAACCUUUGGUCUAAAGAUGGAUGACACCAUAUUAUUCAGAUACAAUGGGAACUCUCAGUUUAAUGACAUAAUCUUUGAUGAAGAUGGCUGUGAGAAGGCAUCAUCAGUUUUUUUGGAUCCUUCUCCGCCUCCUGUGCAAGAAAGGCACAGAAGUGCUACUGAUACUGUGAAAAGUUCUCAUGUUCAUACUCAGGCAAUUCAAUCAGAGUCAUUUAGCAUAGUGGAAGGGAUGCCGAUGGGGUCACCAUGCUUCAAAAUGGAAAUGGACAAGUCAUGUCAAGACAACAACACCGUGAUAAGUAUUUCCUCCUGCGAGUCAUCAGGAGAAUCUUCCUCUGAAGAAGAAUAUGUAGUACAUAAAGUGCCUCGUUCCGAUUAUGUCAGGAAGAGGAAGGCCGGGCAGUUGAAGUAUGCCAAUGGAGUGACCACACUAUCUUCAUUUAAGCAGGGGCAGUUGAAGGACCAUUACAUUACCGCCCACAAGACCAAACUAACUUCAACUCAGAAGGAAGUGGUGAAGCAGAAGGUCCAAUCCAUAUACACAGAGAUCCCCAUCUUUGUUGCUGUGAUGCGCAAGUACAAUGUUGUUGUAGAAUUCUUGCUGACUUUCCCCAGAUACUAUGCUAAGAAAUAUCUUGGAGAGGAGCCACACAUGUAUCUUCAGCGGAUGGGCCGGAAGUGGGAUGUGUGGUUUAGUGAAAACAAUGACUGUAAAAAUCUCAGGAGGGGAUGGAGACAGUUUGUAGAAGACCACAAGCUGAAGAUUGGUGAUAUCUGCCUCUUUAAACUGUUGAGCAUUCAGAGUAGAACCAUGGAGGUCUACAUCAUCCGUGCAAACGAUGCCAAUUAUCGGGCAGGUCUCCAGAAUGAUAGUGACCAGGAAGCGGCUUUCCAGGGAGGGGCUCCUGCUCAUCAUGCGCAUGGAGUUAAAACUGAAGCUAUGGAAGAAGAUGUUGUUGCCCUUGAUGGUGCCUGAUUGCCCAAGGAAAAAGUCUGGUGUCUGAAGACUCUGAAUCAAGCGUAGCUGCUGUUUUUGCGCUCUCUGGAAAACGAGCGAUCCUAUCGAUCAUAAGGCCUUGGUUACAUUGUAGUAGAAAGUUUAAACUACCCUGGUGCUCAAUCUUGCUCCGUAUUUUCUUUGUUUUUUUAGCAGGCUAGCCGUGCACGUGGCCUGGAACUCCACUAGUUGUGGUUUAGCUGCCUUUUAGUUCCCUUUUGCACCUAUGGAUGCUGCCUUUGUGGUUGCAGUUUAUUUCGUUAUCAUGAUGAUGAUAGUGGAACCCGGCCCUUCAUGGCUGUUAAAUUUGGAUGCUUU